CCAAACGUGUUCCUGUCUCACGGUAAGUAGUGGGGAGAAGAGGAUUUAGUAACAUUACCAGUGAAACAAUAAAGACAGUGUCGACAGGAACGUCAGUAAUAAGAAGAUUCAAAAGAAAUUAGUUGAUCGUCUAUCAAAUAAUCUCGUAAUGAGUAAUUCUUAGUUUUGCCAACUAAAUUGUAAUAUAAUGGAAGCUAGAUUCAUGUGAUCAGCUGGGAGUAGCUCUUCAACGGCAGAUUUAAUUCUAUCCUGGAGUAAUAAUUAGCUACGGGAUAUCAAUUAUCGCAGCAUUAUUGUAAUUUUCGAACUUGGGAAGACGGCGAUAAGAUAAGAAUAUCAAAGGAAGAUGACGAUAAAAAAAAUUUGUGGAAUAGGCGCUGGAUACGUUGGUGGGCCAACGUGCAGUGUGAUCGCUUUGAAGUGUCCUGAAAUACGAGUAACCGUUGUCGACAAGAGCAAAGAACGAAUAACUCAAUGGAAUUCUGAUAAAUUACCAAUUUAUGAACCAGGAUUGGAUGACGUCGUGCGUAAAUGUCGCGGUAAAAAUUUAUUUUUUUCCACUGAUAUCGAAAGCGCUAUUAUGGAAGCCGAUUUAAUCUUUAUUUCGGUGAAUACACCGACAAAAAUGUUCGGUAAUGGAAAAGGAAGAGCAGCAGAUUUGAAAUACGUCGAGAAUGCCGCUAGAAUGAUCGCAGAGAUUGCGACUAGCGAUAAAAUUGUUGUUGAAAAAAGUACGGUUCCUGUACGAGCAGCCGAAAGUAUCAUGAAUAUCCUUCGUGCUAAUCACAAGCCAGGCGUUUCAUAUCAGAUUUUAUCGAAUCCAGAAUUUUUAGCAGAAGGAACUGCUAUCGAAGAUUUGGUAAAUGCCGAUCGUGUAUUAAUCGGCGGUGAAGAUUCACCCGAAGGACAAGCAGCUAUAGAGGAAUUGUGUAAAGUCUACGAGCAUUGGAUACCAAGAAAAAAUAUUUUAACUACUAAUACUUGGAGCUCGGAAUUAUCAAAGCUGGCAGCCAACGCUUUUUUGGCACAACGUAUAUCGAGUAUAAAUUCUCUGUCAGCGGUGUGCGAGGCCACUGGUGCCGACGUGUCAGAGGUAGCACGAGCUGUUGGUCUUGAUUCUAGGAUAGGCUCCAAAUUUCUUCAUGCAUCGGUCGGCUUUGGUGGAUCGUGUUUUCAAAAGGAUAUUCUAAAUUUGGUAUAUAUUUGUGAAUGCCUCAAUUUGCCAGAAGUUGCAGCUUAUUGGCAACAAGUAAUAGAUAUGAACGAGUACCAGAAGUCACGAUUUUCUGCAAAAGUGAUUGAGUCGUUAUUUAAUACUGUCACGGAUAAACGGAUCACCAUAUUAGGUUUUGCCUUCAAAAAAAAUACCGGUGAUACUCGUGAGUCACCUGCUAUUCACGUUGCUAAGACUCUACUCGAUGAAGGUGCUGUCUUACAUAUCUACGAUCCCAAGGUAGAAGAAAUGCAGAUUAUAGAAGAUUUGACGCAUCCAAGUGUAACGGCUAAUCCGAAGCGAGUUAAAGAUCGUAUUAGUAUUUACAAGGACGCUUAUACUGCUACCAAGGAUACUCACGCUAUCGUCUUGUGCACGGAAUGGGACGAAUUCAUGGAACUUGAUUACAAAAAAAUUUAUGCAAGCAUGAUGAAGCCAGCAUAUAUUUUUGAUGGAAGAAAAAUCUUGGAUCACGACACGUUGCAGAGAAUAGGAUUUAUUGUACAAACAAUCGGCAAAAGACUCACGAGAACUGGGAUUUCAAGAGUGUGGGGAAGUCAAACACAAAUGUAAAGUAAAAUAAAAAGCUCGUACGUAUGCUAUCUUAAAGCAAUAGGUUCGACUUGGAAUAAGAUUAAAUUGAGGACAAAGCGAAAAGAAGUCAAAAAGAAUUAUAGCGAUUGAAUGAUUACGUAUCGGCUGUGGCAUGUGCGAAAUCGGAAAAAGUGAUAAAACUUUUUAUCUGGCUGUAUCGUAUCAGUUACUUUGGAAAUUGGCAUAUCAUGUUAAAUAAACUUACCGGAGUAAGAAAUAUUUGCCAGAAAAAUGCGUAACUAGUACGAAUAUAAUGCUACAAAAAUAUUUAUAAGAAUAUUUAAACAAUUUCACGGCACUGAACUUUAUAUAUUUGUCAUCAAACCGCGAGGAUAAAAUAUUUUACAAAUCGUUCCACUGUAUUUAAACGUUAUCUAAUCGUUACUAAGAAUAUCAUCUUUAAAUAACAGUGUACAUUUAAAACAAACUUUUAGUAUUAAUAUGUCUGAUUUAAAGACAUUCCGAGGAGGAAAUUGUGAACUGAAAAGUGUGAACAUCAAAGGAUAUUGAUGUUAAACGCUGUAUUAUUGCAUUUGUUUUUAUAAAGAAAGUCGCCAUUUGAGAUUUACAGGAUCACUUACAAGAUUGACGCGAAAUGGAUCUUGCAAACAUUUAUUUAGUUAAAAUAUAAUGUAUUCGAUGCAUUUGCUACACGUUAUUACGAUUCGAAAUGAAGUAUUCAAGAGAGCUGAAUAGAAUACCAUUAGAUAAUGGAGCGAAAGUACAAUCAUCGUCUCUUACGUUCCUAUAUUGCAUACGGAUCGAAAAUGUUGUUUCGUCAUGGCGUCAAAGUGAUUAUCUAUUCAAAGAUCAAAGUUUUAUAGGUAUCUAGUAGUUUAAUAUAGUUAUUAAAUUCCAUUUAUCUUUGCGUCCUGCAUAACUAUUCGUGAUAAGGAUUAUUCAUUUGAUUUUACAUUUAUAUCUCUACUCUUUAAUUAAUUAAGAUAACAAUUUGUAUACACUUUUUACAACGGUGUAAAACAUCGAUAGCAAUAAAUAUACGAUUAUUGUCAUA